ACGUCUGUUGUUUUUCGCCUACUCACUCCACCGUUUCGCAUUGCCCUAUUCUAUGCUACUCUUUCGCAUCCUCACUGUUCCGUAGCUUUUUUUUUGAGUGAAAGGAACUAUCUGACCUGAAGCGGUGCUGCUUCCCCUUAUAUGGCCACUAGACUAUUAUCAACCUCUAACCAACACUUCAUUCCGGAUUCCGAUACCUCCCCCCCCUUUCCCCCACCAAAAAAAACCCGCAAACCGAACCAAACAAGCAGAGCCACCAAACAGAAGAGCUGAACGCAAAACAUAUCAAAAGACAAGAUUCGAAUGCGUUGUUGGCUGUUUCUCUUCCUCUAGCCUAACGGUUCACGCUAAUGUAUUGGUGUGCCGAAGCGUGUGGUACAACCACAUCCACUACCUGCUGCUAUAUUAGCGGAUUGUAUUUAAUAAUAAUCAUUUCGUCUCGGAAAUAAUUAUUAUUCACAUUUAGCACAUCGCGGGAGGGGGGGGGGGGGAGGCUGGUUGGUUUUUUUUUGGUUGUUGGGAGGAAAGGAAAUGACGAACUUUUUUGUGGUUGAUACAGCGCCUACCCUGUGUUUUGGCAAUGUGGUGGGUGUAUUUCUGCGUUCGUUUGUUAAUCUGCUUAAUUUUUGCAAAGAUAGCUAAACAACAUCUAACGUCUAGACAUUGCAUUACUUUAUUUUUUUGUUUAAAAAAUAAAGAUUUUUGCGUGGUAAUGUUUAAAAUUUGUACUCUGAUGUACUCUGAUAUGAAUUCCGUAACAGUCACUUAAAGAUAUGCUUAAAUUUGUUCUUCUAUUGUUUUUCAUACGUCAUAAUAAUGUAACAAUCGGUGUACGUGGGUUGUAUAUGCCAUGUGUAAAUAAUAACACAUCACUCAACGCAGCCUGAUGCAGUGAUGCAUCCAGAACUUAGAAUAGCAUGGAGAGUGAAGUUUGCUCGAACUUUGCCAUAAGAUUUCAACAACAGUUUAUAAAAACGCAAACUUUACUCAAGCACACUAACCGGCCAUGAAAACAAUCGCUUUAACUCUUAUCGCGACGAUCAGCAGAGGUUACCGGUUGUGCAAAAAAUAGUAUUGGUUUUGCUCUUUUAGCAAAACAUAAGCAGAAAGCUUUUUUUUCAAAAUUUGUUUUCAUUCCUUCUUUAGACACAAUCAAUACUACAAUAGGGGAAAUGCGCCGUACUGCCAUUCAAUCGAUCCUGUAGUUAGCUACAGUAGUGUGGCAUAAAUCUAUUUUCGCCUGACCCACUGGUCACCUGGUGGACCUUCAAAAUACCAGGAAUAGGUCCUUGUAAAAAACAAAAAACAAAACAUCUUUGGAAGAAGCACUUUUCAAGGCCAUUUAAUUGCCAAGGUACUCUUCUUCAGGUCUAUGUCCGGAGCAGGAAAACGAGGGAUUAAAAGGAAAACAAAACAAUAAACAAUUCAAAAUUCAUUCUAGUUUUAAAUGUAUCUUACGAGUGGACAGUUUUUUAAUUCUUGUGAGUGAAGGAUGGUCAAUGUCUUUAAGAUUGUAAUAUUUGGAAUUAAAUCCCACAUCUGACAGCUCUAUGACAACGUUCCUGGCUACUCCUUUAUACUUAUUAUUAUUUGUAGUACAACUGUUGCCGGUAUUGUCUAUUUGAGUAUUAAAUCGCCAAGAAUUCCUCAGUUAUUCCGGCGUGUGAAAUGCAUUUUCCAGUCGAGAUUUAUACCCAGACUGAGUCUGAUGUAGUUUCCAUUACCAAGAGCACAUGCUACAGUGAAGUUAUCUUCAAAAUGUUUUAGGGAGUUCGCUUAGAAAACCUUGGGGACGUGUAGUUAACAAUACACUUUAUUUAUUUGAAAACUUAACUAGUAAAUUGAGUUACUGAAAAUCACUCACAAGAUGAAUCGAGAGGAGAAGUUCAAGGAAUCGCCUCCAAAUAAGAUGGCCUAAGAAUAUUCUGAUGUUCGUAUGAAAUUCUUGAUUCUUUAUGACAAAAUGAUCGUAAGACUGUUAUCAGCAAUAGGGAGAGUUUAUAAUUUAAUACACAAUCUCGACUGUGUUGAGGUGCAUCAAGUUUGAUAAUAAUCUUGGCAAUACUCUCGAGUAUAAAGGUUUUUUACUGCUAGUGUUUAUAAUCUAUUUUGCUACAUGGUGUGUUUAUUUUGUAUGUAGUAGAUGCAUUAAAGCUCAAUAUGAAGUUACGAAGAUCAGUCAAGUAAACUGUGAACUGCUAUGUAUAUCCCCAAUACGCAUUCUCCGGAUUGCUGCUGUUAGAUCGUAAAAAUUUAUAAGUGACAAAUUUAUGUUCAACACGAGUUUCGCGUGAACAGAGCGUUAAGGCAAUUCAUUUUUAUGGUAGAAAACAGUGUGGUCAGGUUAUAGUAAACACAUUUAACGAGCCUUUUUGGUAUGCUGUACGGAAGGUAAAUUCCGGCGGAAAUGUCACCACUGCACGAAGGAAUCAAAGGCUUGAUCGAGAUCGUUCCAAUAUAACGCAUUUACUAACUUGAAAUCAGCAUUAGAUCCAAUGUGGGAAAAGUAUGCGUGGCCCCACAGCUGGUGUAUGAUGUGAAGGAGAGUGAACUAGAGAUAGAGAGAGAGAGAGCACCAUAAAGAGUUUUGCGAGAAAUACUAAAGUCGAGAGCGAAAGGGAGAGAAUACGUAACUAACACUCAUAGUAAGGGAUAAGAGCAAUCUGCUUGAAUUCCCAAACGAAAUAAAGCUUCUACUUAAUAGAAGCGAUACACAACAAAAAAAAUGAUAGCUGUGUGUGUGCGUGCUCCGCAAACGUAUGUAUGUAUGAGUUACAUUGCGCGUCCAUUAAGGCAGAAACCUGCCGUCACGGUUUAUUUUGGAGAUUUGAUCGAUGGUAAUGCUCCAGAAUGUUAAAUAUUGAAUGGUGAUGUGUGGGAAGAAAACAUGCCGAACGUGGUGUAGCUGUUUUAUGUUGAACGUUAUUUAAGGUAGAGCAUGUUAAUUUUGCACGAUACCAUAAAGAAAAGCCCCCGAGUGAGCAAGACACGUACGUAGAAAACAAAACAAAAAGACAAAAAAAAACAAGGUGCGAAACAAUCUUUAGGAUAAUUGAUAGUGGUGUGUGAUGAUUGAAAGAAAUAGAACCAAAAGAUGUGGAAGUGUAGUUGCUCUGUGUGUGUGUGUGUGUUUCUGUUGUUUGCGUCAUACAUUCUCUACUAUCAACAUUAGCAACAGUAUAGCCAGCAACACGUUCGACAACAAUCAACACACUCGCAUACCGAUGGUUUUACACACGCACUCAGCAACCAAACCUCAGUUGGAGAAUGGAAAUUGCGAGAGAAGCUAAAGCGGGACAGAAAAGUGAAAUGUUUAUGAGCCCAUACUACAGAACGCGUCAACACUCCGGGUUCUCUCUCUCUCUCACUCUCACGCUCUCUCUCUUUCCUACUUUGUGUAAUUUAGAUAAUGUAGAAGUAAUAACGCGUGUGCCUCAUUCCUUCUGGCUUUUAGGGUAGAUUGCAGGUGAUGUGUUACGCCGAUAACUGAAAUGGCACGUGAUUCGACCAUGGGAAGAGACCGAGUACUAGUCGUACCGAACACCGGUAUCGCUCUCAACAGUAGCUCAUCGUCACAGAUAACAGCCCCGGCAGACAUCAGCCAGCAGAUUUUGGAGCUGCAAAAAGAGCAAGAGCUGGAGAAGCAAAAACUUUGGCAUGCGUUUCAGGAGAAGAAUAAAGAACUCGAGAUGCAGCAUCGGCAGCAGUUGGAGCACAAAUUUCAGGAAUUACGCGAUCAAAGGUUAGCGGAGGAAGCGGCCCAACAGCGGGAACGGCGAGAACGCGAAGCUAACAAGCGCAAGGAGAAACAUGAAUGUUGUGCAAAUGCAAGUUCGGAGGUGAAACAAAAAUUGCAGACCUUCUUAAUACAGAAAAAACAGGCCGCAGCUUCUAAUGGAUUAUCUUCACCAUUGCCCUACAGAAAUUGGGGUGUCGUAAAAUCAUCAUCCGGCGAAUCGCUUCCCGGCGGUGCCGUUGCAGCGGCUGUUAGUUCUCAUCCCUACAAAAUCCCACCACCGCCGAGUUCUAUCUCUAAGUACGAUCCAGAUUUUCCACUACGCAAAACAGCAUCCGAACCGAACUUGCUGAAAAUUCGUCUCAAGCAGCGCGUUAUCGAGAAGCGUUCACUGAACGGGCCACUGGCCGCCCGCCGACAGGAGCGUUUGCGCCGACUCCAGAAGCAGCAGCACAACCAGGCACUCGCGCAAACAAAUUGUGCGGCGACUGCUAGCGUCAGUACAACCGAUUCAGGGCCGAACUCUCCACCAACGGUAGGUAGCCGUGCCUCACCCACCAAUGCACCGAUACAGGAGGAGAAUGAAGAUCCACAGUACGGUUCAGUUACAUCGCGCGCGAGUAUCAACGAUCUGUCACUGUUCAGCUCACCGUCGAUGCCCAACAUUUCCCUCGGUCGGCCCCAUCUUGGUUCGUCAGCCGCCAAUGUUGCUCAUCUGACUAUCAAUGCAGCCAGACCGACGCAUCUCGGUAUCGGCAGUAUCGGCGGCCAGGGUGCAAGCGUACCAUUCGUAAAUCCGAUGCUGGAUAUAACGGAACAGCAGUGUAGCCAAAAUGUUGCAGCAGUUGCCGCGGCAGCAGCUGCGGCCGCAGCCGCCGGUGGUGUCGUGGGGUUGGAUCGUGUACAUCUUGCUGGCGGUUUGCAUACCGGCGGACCCGGUUCCUCGUCCAUGUAUCACCAUCAGCCGUCGAUUACGGAUGCACACGUCGCCCAGGCCCGACUGCACAAACAGGGCCAUCGGCCACUGGGACGCACGCAAUCGGCACCGUUACCGCUCGGCCAUCCAAUGUUGGCCGGAGCGAACAGUGUAGCUGCGGCUGCCAUGAUGAACAUUAGUCAGACACACUUUGAGAACAGCGAGGCUGAACGGCAAGCGUACGAGCAGCAUUUGUUGAUGAAGCAAAAGAUACGCCAGACGGCACUAACGCGUGCCGCCAACUGCGUAAACCGGGAACCACAGCUGCGCGAGGAGGUAGAAUCGAACGAGGUGAUCGACCUAACAGAUAAAAAGCAACCACCCAAGACGGUGCUGGCGAGCAGCGUUAUCAAGAGCACCUCCCAAUCGCACUUGCUGAGCCAGCCGCACGAUGAGCUCAGCAGUCAGCAACAGCAGCAGCAACAGCACCUUUCGGAACUGAUACAGCAGCAACACUAUCAUCGCGAGCGCGAACUGUUUAUGCGACGUUCGAUACAGCUAUCGGUGCUGGAGGAUCCCUACACGCAUCAUGCAUCGGGUGCGGGUGGUGCUGCUGCAGUAGCUGCUGCUGCAACGGCUGCGGCAAACCUGCUUAGACCACUUUCGCGCACCUCCUCCAGCCCAUUGGUACACCUGAGCUCGAUGGGAGGUGGAAGCAGUGGUCACCAAACAGCGCAGCAAAGCAUGUUUUCCGACACGGGACAAUCGGGUGCCGGCGGUGAUGAUGAUUUGCCGCCCCCGGUUAAUCUGACCGUGCAGAACCGCAGCCGAUCGUUGCUGAGCUACACGCACGAGGGUCUUGCACCGGCGGCGGCCGGCACCAGCACGGCUGCGGUGGUCGGUUCGGCAGCGGGUUCGUCGUCCACGUGCGGUAGCCCGCCGGGGAUGGCACUGCAACUUACUACCUCCUCGUCCGCAUCGGCAAUAAUCGGAGCGAGUCGUGAGCAAAAAUUACGCACAACCACUACCGGGCUUGCCUUCGACAGCUUGAUGCUCAAGCACGUGUGUGCGUGCGGUGAUAAUGCGAACCAUCCGGAGCAUAGCGGGCGGCUGCAGAGCAUCUGGGCCCGGCUGCUCGGUACCGGGCUGGCGAUACGCUGCGACAAGCUGCGUUCGCGCAAAGCAACGCAGGAGGAGCUGCAGAUGGUGCACACCGAAGGGCACGCGCUGCUGUUCGGCACGAGCCAGCUCAAUCGGCAGAAGGUGGACACGAGUCGGGUCAGCUUUGUGCGGCUUGCUUGCGGCGGUGUUGGUGUCGAUCUGGACACGACCUGGAACGAGCAUCAUACGGCGGCAGCCGCCCGUAUGGCGGCUGGGUGCGUCAUUGACCUAAGCUACAAGGUGGCACGGGGUGAAAAUCGCAACGGGUUCGCGGUGGUACGGCCGCCCGGUCAUCAUGCCGAGGCGGACGCUGCGAUGGGUUUUUGCUUCUUCAAUUCGAUUGCGCUGGCCGCCCGCUUGUUGCGGCACCGGAUGCCGCACGAAAUGCGUCGGGUGCUGAUCGUCGACUGGGAUGUACACCAUGGCAACGGUACGCAGCAAGCGUUCUAUGACGAUGCGUCCGUACUUUACCUGUCCGUGCACCGGCAUGACGAUGGCAAUUUCUUCCCGGGUACGGGUGGACCAGCCGAAUGUGGCGUUGGUACCGGGCUCGGUUACAAUGUGAAUGUCGCCUGGUCGGGUGGUGUCAAUCCACCGCUGGGCGAUGCAGAAUAUUUGGCCGCAUUUCGCACGGUCGUAAUGCCGAUUGCGCGCGACUUUGCACCGGACAUUGUGCUCGUAUCGGCCGGGUUUGAUGCUGCCGUUGGACAUCCGGCACCGCUCGGCGGAUAUGUCGUUUCACCUGCCUGCUUUGGAUAUCUGACGCGUGAAUUGAUGCAGCUCGCCAACGGCAAGAUUGUACUUGCGUUGGAGGGUGGUUAUGAUUUGCCUGCUAUAUGCGAUUCUGCGGAAGAAUGCGUAAGGGCACUGUUAGGUGAAAGCACCUCCUCAAUCGCACCGUCCGAGUUGGCUCGACCGCCGUGCCAGGCGGCAAUCGAGACGCUGCAAAAGACGAUCGCCAUUCAAGUGUCACACUGGCCGUGCGUCAAGCGAUUUGCUCAUACCGUUGGUCUAUCCGCACUCCAGGCGCAUAGCAGCGAACGAGAGGAAUCGGACACUGUUACCGCGAUGGCCGGUCUUUCGAUGCAGUCCCUCAAGAGAACGUCCGAUGUCUCGUGCGAAGAUUCCGAAGAACCGAUGGACCAAGAUGAGUCCAAAUAAUUGUUAAAAAAAUAUAUGUAUACACAUAUAUAUAUAUAUAUAUAUUUGUAUGUUUGUAUGUGUGUGUGUGUGUUGACACACUUAGCGUGAAAAUAACCUGUCGUCAGCCACAAGAACGAUAGGCGAUCGGACGGCACACAACAGAGAGGCGAACGUUUACUUUGUUUGGAAAAGUUACACUUUUCGUACGGGGAGCACUAUGUAUUUUUUUUAAAUUAGUAACCGUUUUAGAGACGUUCAAAAAUGUUGUUGAUUGUUUCUUGUGUGUCGUGUACAUAUCUACCACUACGAUACACAUUGUCAAAGCUACACGUACACAAGCGAGUGGGGAAAAAAAACAUGAGUUGAUGUGAUGUAUAGAUGUAACUCUGUUUUCAGUUAUAUUGCCUGCUCGUGUGCAAUGGUUCGUUACACGAAUAAUGUACUAUGAAGCGCAUUAGCAGCAAACAUUCAAGAUGGCGGCCGAUUGAAAAUUGGCUUAACCGUUGUGGAAUGGUUAAACUAUGAUAUUUUGUGUUUUGUUGUGUCUGGUAACCCUCCUGGUAGUCGAGUUGCAUAUCCUGCAUGGCAGAAUAUGCAUUAAAAAGCUCGCACCAAAAGAAAGGAAGCGUACCAGAAGCAAUUGGUGUUUAAAGGGAUCGUUUUUAUUAAAACGUGUAAUUAUUUAAGGUGGAAUGAAUUUCAUACUUAACGAUUGUGAAAUGCUAGACGUUGUUCUAAGCUGGAACUAAAGCUAAAAUGUUGGUAAACGAUUGUUCUUGGUGGGUUCGUCGAUUAAACAACGUUACACACGAAUUCGCUCAUUUGCAUAUAUGGAUUAUAUGGAUGGAAUAUUCAUAUUUACUAGCGUUAGAAUUAAUUUGUUGAACGCGGGUCCGCAACGGAAACGAUAGAGCAAAAAAAAAUAUACAACAAAACUCAUGAAAAUAGUAAUGUAUAACAACAUACGAAAAAAAGGACACACAAUACAUGUUCGAAACGAAUGCAUAUACAGCCUGAACGUACUUGGAACGAAAUGGGAAAACUUUAUUCAACAAUUUUCCUUUUAUUUUUUCUUGAUUGGACGUACAGAAUACACACGAACACACACACACAUUCAUACACAAGAAAGAAGGACGAAAAAAAGGGAUAAACUUUUAGCGUUUUUUAACGAAUAUCGUUGCUGAAUUUGAACGCGUUGAAAGCUAGAAGUUGAAGCUUUUUUUUGUAACACACACAUACACACACAUACAAACACACUCAGCUGUAAUCAUGCCGCUUCCAGUAGGCUUGAAUGUCGAUAACGCUAUACCCAACAUAUGUGUACACGUUUAAUAGUUCACAUAAAAGUUUAUCCAAGGUUGUCCAUAGUAAAUUACUUUUUUUAUGUUGUCAUUAUCGGUGCAAUAGAAAACAGAAAGCAAAACCACUACAUACCAACGAGACGAGUUGUUGUAUACCAACAGGUUACGAUCUACGAUCAUUCUAGUUAGGUUGUUUGAAAGAUGGUGGAAGCCGGUGGUAUAAUCAUAAUAGAAAAUGGUCUUUCAGUUAGCAUUCAUUCAAGCCACCAUCCCGCUAGCGAGUUCGUACUGUAAACAGUAAACAAUGGACACACAAAUAAAGUAUGUCAAUAACAAACAUAUUUAUGUCCGCUAAUAACAAUGAAACAGUAAAAAUGGUGUAACUUGCUGUUUGCUUUGUAACAGAACAGGGAAACCGUUUAUCUGUCACGAAAGGCAACUCAAAAUUUCGAACUUCACUCGUAGAAAUAGCUAAACGUUCCGCGAAACACUCAGCAAAAGCGAAUGCGAAUGAGAAGCGUGAUGCAGGCCGUCUACUAAACAUACUUGAUCGCUUGUAGUGGCAAACAUAUCCUCCCAAAACUAAUUUAUGCUAUGUUUAGGAAUAAUUUCGUAAAAAAGACAUUUAAAAUCCCUCAAAGACCAUGACAUAAUCUGCAAAACACACACACACAUAUACACGCACACAGACAUGUACACAUACGCACACGAAUAUUUGUAUUUGGAAUUCAUGGUGGUCAAGCGUACGCAGACCUGUGAGAUUCAAGACCGAACAUCUUGGUACUGUUACCGUUUUCGGGUUUUUCGUUUUGUUUCGUUGAAUUUGUUAUUGUUCUGUUCAUCUAAGGAUAGGUUCUCGUUAACAAUCGAACUUUCUCGUCUGUUAAUAAAAAAAAACAGCACGCAUAAUUAUAUGGCAAUAAUAUCAUGUGAGGUACUUUUAGAAUUAUGUUUUCGCCGAUGGAUGGAUAGCGUGUUUGGUAGAUGUGAGUUAAUGUUAUCCUACUGCUCUUGCUACCAAAACAACCUCUGCUGCUGUUUUGCAACGGCUUUAGGCUAUUGAUGAUGAUGGUGAUAUGGAUUUACAAAACCCAUAAAUACCUGGUAUAUGGUAUAACUUGACUAUAAAUUUACUAUGGUAUACUAUGGCAUACUAUGGAAAACAAAACUUAAAAAGUGCACCAAACAAGUCACGCAAAUAUUCCGUCUAAAUUAUUAACUCUUAAGCUUUGUAAUAGUUGUACAAUUUUUUAACUCGUAAAAAAAAAAUUGAAACAAAACAAAACGAGGUAACGACGAGAAAGAGGUUAGCCGCCGGCAAAUGUAUCAGAAAAUUGUUUGAUGUUAGAUAUUCAGGCGCGCUCGUGUGUGUGUGUGUGUUUGUGUGUUUGUGGCAAGCAUUAAUAGAAGCAUCGAAAAAAAAACUGCAGCGACAGGACUAAGGGUGCCAAGGAUAUUUUUUGGGUUAGUUUUGUUUUUUUUGGUAAUUUAAAAAACAAAAACACAAAAUUGUUACGAGAGAAUUCAAAAGAGAGAAAAAGCAGUUUAAAGAAACGAAAAGAAAUAUCACUUGUGUCAGUAAAUAGCAAGCAAAUAUGAGGGAAUAGUGUUAUUAACAAACCUACCAUGUGUGUGUGUUUGUGUGUGUGUGUAUGCGUGUGUGUGUGUCUAGUUGUUGCUCACUGUUACAUGUGCUGCUUUUAUGGGCUAUUUGUAACAGGAACCACCCAUUAGUUAGCGGCUCCUGUUUUUGUUUCUAUUGCUUUGCUUUAGUUCUUAUUAAGGAUAUUAACUUAAUUGCUCAAUCGUAUUUCCCGUAACGCUCCAGCAAGAUGAAGCCACUUAGACUACUACCAUAACAUUGUGAUGUGCACAACUAGUGUUUCCUAACAGCCACAUAUACACGCACUCCGCUUUUCAUUCACACACAUACAUGCGCGCGCACACACACACACACAUAUACAUGUGCUAGGCAGAGGAGAGGAGAGUAGGUGUUUGUGCGGUUUUUGGUUGGGUUGCGAUUACAAAGCUAACCUUCAACGUUUUAACAGUGGAUAAGAUUUUGCCACAAAACGAAAAUGCGUCCCUCCUACGUUCUUCUUGCUCCCUCCCGGAAGGCCGUUCGAUUAGUGUUAAACCUCAACGUAUGGUCCAUCCAUUGUUGUGUGCCCAUUGUCUAUGUUCUACCUCUAAGUAGAAGAAUUUCACUACAAAUACAAAAUACACCCUACCACAGCAUAUAGAUAGAAAAAAAACAAAAGAGAGAGAGAGAGAGAGAGAAAAAAAACAAACAUAUUAAGAGCGAAACGUGAAAAAGUGAUAUAAUAGUAUCAGGUAACAAAACGUGUAACGUAGCAAAAAAAAAAACAAGGAAAAACAUACACCGUGUAUAUUUUGGGUGGAAAAAGAAAACGAUAGAGAUAUAUGAAUAGUUCUAAUAACACGGUGCGCGGUUAUACGUAACCACCCACUUCUACGAAGCGGAUAGGGUCCUGACGUUAACGAGGCCAUUUUAUUUUGUGUAUGUGAUGAUAUCAGUAACAAGGAUCAAUUUAUUUUUCCUCCCCCCUCAUCAUCGCAAACUGUUCUAACUAGACGUUACUGUACGUGUUGUCUGUGUGCAUAUGUGUGGUAUUUCUGUUACAAAAUCAUCAAACCAUUGUGUAUAUUUACAAACGUAAACAAACCAAAACACAAACUGCGCAAAAACGAUCUACUGUGGCAAGGAUCUACAGAAAAGUAAGAAGAUGAAACAUUAUUUAAUGCAAAAGAAGAUGCUGAAAGAGUUUUUAUAAGAAAUGUGGUUAAACUGAUAAAAUGAUAUCUCCACACACACACACACACAACGUACAAUUGUCUGUGUUACAGUGAGUUCUCCUUUGGAAUGUCAUAUUGGGCGAGAAGAAGAAGAAAAACAAAAGAAACAAUUUUAUUCAAUUUUGACAAAAAGGAAAUUGAUAUCGUUCCUUUAGCAGAAACCGAUUUGACUAAACGACUUAUAGGAUCAUCUCUCUUAUUGCAUUAGAGUCUGCAUUUGUUACACGUCUGUGGUUGGUCCUUUUUCUGACGUGGUGUUGGUGAUUAGAAGGAAUGUUUUAUACAAACUUGCUUAUGACAUUCUCACUAGUAAGGGGAACUCACUGUAGACAGAUAAGUCAGUUUAACCAUGCUUGGGAAAUAAAAUCCUGUUGCAACGAACACACACACACACGCGCACACACAUAGAUAACACAGAUCGUCACCAAAAAAACAAAAAAACGAAAUGAUAAAAAAAACCGGUACGUUAGGAGUUAGCUAAUUGGAAAUAUGAAACACACGUAAAUGCUUUUAAAUCAAUUUAUUUUUUAUUGGAGGAAAAAGAAAACAAAAGAACACUUCUGUUAUGAAAAUCCAAGAAUAGUUAAAGUAAAAACAAAACAAAAAUGCACACACACACACACAUUAUACGAAAAGUGAGGGAAAAUAUUUUAGAGAAUGUCUGUGUUUUUGCGUCUAGCUGGACACAAUCGUGUAAGGAAUUAAAUCAAAAAAACAUAAAAAAAAA